CUGUCCUUAUUGUAUAAAAAGAAGAAUAUUCUGAUCUUAAAGAGAAAAUAAUGAAAAUGGAAACUGAGCAGGACGAAGCUAUACCAAAGAAUAUCAGAGACCAAAUAGAAAACGAAAUAAAAGAAUGGGAAAUAAAGGAUAAGAUGUUUGUGACUACAAGAGCAAGUGAGCACGUCCUAGAGUGUUUACAGGACAACAGUUGUUUGACUUUAACUGCUCCAUCAGGAGUAGGAAAAUCUUUUAUUGCAAGACACACAGCACUAGUUUUACAAAAGGAAGGGUACAAAAUAAUACCAGUAAGAAAACAGGAUGAUAUCAGAGAUUAUUAUCAACCUGGUAAACAGACAGUCUUCAUCAUAGAUGAUAUUUGUGGAAAUUUUACUGCCAAUCAACAACAGAUUGAAAACUGGCAACAACUGUUACCUGUGAUUAAAACAAUUAUUGCAGACAAAUGUUGUAAGAUUAUUGUAUCUUGUAGGUUACAAGUUUAUAGAGAUGAUAAGUUUAAUAUAUUAGAACCUUUUAAGACCUGUGAAUGUCAUUUAAUGUCAGAUAAGUUAUGCCUUACAGCUGAAGAAAAAGAUAUUAUGGCAAGUAUGUAUAUUGAUUCAAGUUUAGACAAUAUUGAUAAACUAUCACAAAAUAGUGAAUUCUUUCCUCUUUUAUGCUCUUUAUAUCUUAGGGAAAAACAUGGAGAUGUUAAGGCAUUUUUCAAAAAUCCAUUUUUCGUCUAUCAAACUGAACUAGACAGUUUGGGUAGGCAUGGAGAUGAGGGGAACUAUAAAAUAUGCAGUCUAGCUUUACUAGUUCUCUUUAAUAAUCAGCUGAAAGACAAAUGGAUCCAGGGUACAGUAACACGUGAUCAACAACAACUUAUCGAAACUACAUGUGAUGCUUGUGGAUUGAACAGAGGUACUUCCAAGGCAAAACUAAAAGAGGCCCUUCUCACUCUAGAAGGUACAUUUGUACAUAAACAGGAUGGUAUAUAUAGAACUGUACAUGAUAAAUUGUUUGACUUCAUUGCUCAUUACUUUGGUCAGAAAAUGAUUGAAUGUUUAAUAGACCAUGCUGAUAGUGAUUUUGUUCAUGAACGCUUCAUAUGGAGGAAUUCAACAGAUGAAGGAAAAAGUAACAUAGACUUCAUUAUUCAAAUACCAGACGAAAAUUUUGAAUUGUAUUUAGAAAGGUUUAUAAAGGACUGGUCAACAGGAAAAGUGAGAGUUACAUUUAUGAACACUAAUUUGACAGUUUCAGAAUUUAGACAACAGCUUUUAAAGCAUUUACAAAAUCUGAGCAAAUCAUUUCAAGUCACAUUAGCCAAUACAUGUUACACAGUAUUUUCAAAAGAGCACUAUGGAUCAGGUACUACUCCACUGAUAACGACUUGUUUUUAUGGUUUUACUGAUAGGGUAAAGUGGAUAUUACAUAAUGAUGUAGAUGUGGAUCAGUGUAGAGAUGAUGGGAUAAGUGGACUGUACUUUGCAAGUCAGAAUGGACAUACUGAAAUAGUUAAGCUGUUGUUAGAGAGAAAUCCUAACGUUGAUCUAUGUGACAAUAAGGGAUGUAGUCCACUGAGACAGGCAAGUCAGGAAGGACACACUGAUAUAGUACAGUUGUUGUUAGAGAAGUCUCCUAAUAUUGAUCUAUGUGACAAUGAUGGGACUAGUCCUCUGUGUAUGGCAAGUCAGGAAGGUCAUACUGAUAUAGUAAAGUUGUUGCUAGAGAGAAAUCCUAGCAUUGAUCUAUGUCAAAAGGGUGGAUGUAGUCCUCUGUUUAUUGCAAGUCAGAACGGACAUACUGAAAUAGUAAAGUUGUUGUUAGAGAGAAAUCCCAACAUUGAUCUAUGUCAAAAUAAUGGAUGUAGUCCUCUAUACGUUGCAAGUCAAAACGGAAAUACUGCUGUAGUAAAGUUGUUGUUAGAGAAGAAUCCUAACAUCGAUCUAUGUCAAGAGGAUGGAAUUAGUCCUCUGUACAUUGCAAGUGAAAACGGACAUACUGAUGUAGUAAAGUUGUUGUUAGAGAAGAAUCCUGACAUUGAUCUAUGUCAAAAUGGUGGAUGUAGUCCUCUGUAUAUUGCAAGUCAAAACGGAAAUACUGAUGUAGUAAAGUUGUUGUUAGAGAGGAAUGCUAACGUUGAUCUAUGUCAAAAUGAUGGAUGUAGUCCUCUGUACAUGGCAAGCCAGGAAGGAUAUAUUGAUAUAGUAAAGUUGUUGUUAGAGAAAAAUCCUAAUGUUGAUAUAUGUGACAAAGAUGGCUGGACUCCUCUGAGACAGGCAAGCCAGAGUCCACUGUACAUAGCAAGUCGGGUAGGACAUACUGAUAUAGUGAAGUUGUUGUUAGAGAGGAAUCCUAAUAUUGAUAUAUGUAGCAAUGAUGGACGUAGUCCUCUGUACAUGACAAGUCACGGUGGACAUACUGAAAUAGUAAAGUUGUUGUUAGAGAAGAAUCCUAACAUCGAUCUAUGUCAAAAGGAUGGUUGUAGUCCUCUGAACAUUGCAAGUCAAAACGGACAUGCUGAAAUAGUAAAGUUGUUGUUAGAGAGGAAUCCUAACAUUGAUCUAUGUCAAAUGAAUGGAUGUAGUCCUCUGUACAUUGCAAGUCAGAACGGACAUACUGAAAUAGCAAAGUUGUUGUUAGAGAAGAAUCCUAACAUUGAUCUAUGUGACAAAAGUGGCUGGAGUCCUUUAUACAUUGCAAGUAUGAAUGGACAUACUGAAAUUGUGAAGUUGUUGUUAGAGAGAAAUGCUAACUUUGAUCUAUGUGACGAAAAUGGCGAUAGUCCACUGUCCGUGGCAACAUUAUUUGGAUAUACUGAUAUAGAAAAAUUGUUGUUAAAACGAAAUCAUGAUAAUGAUCUAUGUGACACUGAUGGCUGA